UCGGUGUGGGGCCGAAGGCGCAGAAUUUUCCGGGCCGGUGAAUCGGCGAUGUUAUCGGCUUGGCACUCCCGCCUCCCGUGUUUUGUUCAACAACACAGAAAAUGUCCAAAAUUUGAUACUCAAUUUGAUCGAUUGAACCGAAUACUACUUACUUGAUGGGAACAGACGAUCUCCUUAUUGUCCCGGGAUAUUGGCAGUCUCGAACACAUCCAGUCUGUCCUGUGGUGGAGUUUCCAUUAGUCCAAAUCUCCGUUCCAAAACACACGCGAGUUUACCCGAUGCGUGAGACUCAGACUCCGGUGUUGGAUUCCACCGGUGGGUGGUUUUUACCUCUUUUGGUCAGCGUAUCAUACUUUCUGCCAUUGGAGAUACAUCGCAGACGCGCAUAUGAGGCCCCGGUUUUCCCAUGCGCCAGGCAUCACUCGUCCGAUGUGUGGAGACGAGCAGUACAGACAAUCCGUCCCAAGACGCCAAAGAGAAUGCGCAGUCAGGGUCCUGCCUUCUUCGGUUAACGACAUGUUGCCCCAAAAACAUAUGCUGUGAUGAAGAUCUCUAGUCAAAAUUGCAGUGAUAGACGCUGCGUAUGCUUUGUACGUCAACAAAGGUGCCUGAAACAUAACACGGAAGCCACGUUCUGCCAGGGACCUCUACAGUUGACAGCUGUGUUU